GAACUACUUCAUGUAGACUGAGCCCCUGUGUGGGGCAUGAAUCUUGACAGGAACUGCCCUGUCUUUUCCUCACCACUUAAACUGGGAGUCAAGACAUCUCCGCCAGUACUUGAAGGAAUCUUUAAGUAAGAAGAGCCUCAGGAAGAAACCAGGGGAGCAGCUGACAUGGCUUUCAAAUUCCUGGUGAACAUAAAGGAGAAGGUGACUUGUGCCAUCUGCAUGGAGCUUUUGACAGAACCCUUGAGUCUAAACUGUGGCCACAGCUUCUGCCGAGCCUGCAUCACUGACAAGGAGAUCGGCCCAGGGGGGGAAAGCAGCUGUCCUGUGUGUGCUGUCAGAUACUCGCUUGGAAAUCUAUGGGUUAAUCAGCAUCUGGCCAACAUAGUGGAGAAGCUCAGAGAGGUCAAGCUAAGCCCAGAGGAGUCGCAGAAGAGAGAUCUCUGUGUGAGCCAUGGAGAGAAACUCCGACUCUUUUGUAAGGUGGAUAGGAAAGCUGUUUGUCAGCUUUGUGAAUUCAGUUCUCAGGAGCACCUUGGUCAUCAGAUGUUUCCCAUGGAGGUGGUAGUCAAGGAAUAUGAGGAGAAGCUCCAUGCAGCUCUGGACAGGCUGAGGAAGGAGCAUCAGGAAGCUGAGAGGUUGGGCACUGACAUCAGAGAAGAGAGAGCUUCUUGGAAGAAUCAGAUACAGAUGGAGAGACAAAGGAUACAAACAGAAUUCAAUCAGCUUAGAAGCAUCCUGGACAGCGAGGAGCAAAAAGAACUGCAGAAAUUGGAGGAAGAGGAGACCAAGACCCUGGAUGGCUUAGCUGAGGCGGAGAAUGAACUGGCUCAGCAGAGCGAGCUGCUGAAAGAGCUCAUCUCAGAUCUGGAGCGUCGCAGCGAAUGGUCAGCCAUGGAGCUGCUGCAGGACACAAGUGGAAUCAUGAAAUGGAGUGAGGUGUGGACAUUGAAGAAGCCAAAAAUUAUUUCCAAAAAACUGAAGCGUGGAUUCCAUGCUCCAGAUCUGAGUGGAAUGCUGCAUGUGUUUAAAGAGCUAACGCAUGUCCAGUGCUACUGGGUGGACAUCACAUUGAAUCCAUUCAACCUAAAUUUGAAUCUCACCCUUUCAAAGGAUCAGAGACAGUUGGCAUCUGUGCCAAUUUGGCCUAUAAAGUAUUAUAAUUAUGGUGUCUUGGGCUCCCAAUAUUUCUCAUCAGGGAAACACUACUGGGAAAUAGAUGUGACCAAGAAGACUGCAUGGAUCCUGGGGGUAUAUUGUAGAAAACGUUCCUGUAAUAUAAAGUUUGGUGUUAGACGAGGUACAGGUUGUCAAAAGGUUUACUCCAGAUUCAAACCUGAAAAUGGCUACUGGGUUGUAGGGCUGCACAAUGAAUCCGAGUACAGUGCCUUCGAGGACUCUUCCACCUCUGAUCCCAAGGUCUUGACACUUUCCAUGGCUGCUCCUCCCCGUCGGGUUGGGGUUUUCCUAGACUAUGAAGCAGGCACUGUCUCAUUUUUUAAUGUCACAAACCAUGGGUCACUCAUCUAUAAAUUCUCUAAAUGUUGCUUUUCUCACGCUGUUUAUCCCUAUUUCAAUCCUUGGAACUGUCCCGUUCCCAUGACUCUGUGCCCACCAAGCUCCUGAACCUUCUCCUUCCCCCACCCACUUCUGUGUAGCAACCGUUGUGCUGGGGCUCAUCUCAUGCACCUGAGCUGAUCUCUACACUCAGACCAUCUCUUCUUUGUUGUCUCCCUUCUUUAGAACUUUUAGUCAUUCUUGAGAUUGACAACUGUUUCUGUUUUAAGUCAGAAGAGAAUCUCGUUUACCCAGCAACCCUUUUCUGUAUUCUCAGUGAAAGAUAUCUAAUCGCUCUUAAAGACAGAGCAAUGUUGGUACCACAUUGAUUUUAGGAGACAUGGCAAAGCCUGUCUGUGAGCAUCCAUGAUGGUAGGACAGUCCAUAAUAACCUCACCCACCACCACCCACUAAAGAGUAUUUGAGUGUAUGUCUGUUUAUUGCCCAGCAGAUAGAAGUGUCAUAAGGGAGUUGAGGAAAAAAACAAAAGUAAUAUAUGUACCCAGAGUGAAAAUUUUUAUGUUCAGAGUGUUUGAGUUUAAAUCCUGUCUCUUCUCUUACAAGGUGUGUAACAAUGGAUACAUUUUUGUUUCUUCUCAUAAAAUAAAAAUUGGAUUUUAAACAGCACCUAACUUUUAAGAUAGUCGUGUGAAACUGUCACUCAAUGUAAAGCACCUAUUUAAGGGUCCCACACAAUAUAAUAAAUAUUUGCUCUCAAGAUCA